AUGGUUGAAAAUGAAGUAUAUAACGAGGAUAUGAGAAUAGUGCGUAGCAGGGAACAGCUAGAUGGAAGACCAACGAUUCGUUCAUUUUUUAAUAAGGAUGGUUUGCUAUUAAAAACAUACGGUUGGAUAGUAAGGAAUGCGGUAGGCAUCAUUGUAUUAAUCCAUGGAUUAAAUUCACACACGAGAUUUUCAUUUUUGAGGCAUAACGUCCAUGUGUUAAAUAAUAAUAGAGCACUAUUAAUGGACGGAAACAAUUUUUAUGUUUAUAAAGACAGCUGGAUUGAGCAUUUCAACAAAAAUGGAUAUUCCGUUUUUGGAUUAGAUUUACAAGGUCAUGGCGAAUCACAAGGGUGGGAAAAUUUAAGCCUUAAUGUAAACAAAUUUGAUGAUUUAGUAUAUGAUGUGCUCGAUUAUAUUCCAAAAAUUCAAGAUGAUAGCAUACGAUAUUUAAAUGAAGAUAGAAACAGGAAUAGUAGCAGUAGCAACAGUGGUAACGGUAGCAACAGUGGUAACGGUAGCAACAGUGGUAACGGUAGCAACAGUGGUAACGGUAGCAACAGUAGUAAUAGUAGUAACAGUACUAACAGUAGUAAUAGUAGUAGUAGUAACAUCAGAGGCAGUGAGUCGUCUCGUAAUAAUAAUUUGGCCAAUAGAAUAACAGCACCUCUUCCAGUAUAUCUAAUUGGUCAAUCUAUGGGCGGAAAUGUUGCCCUAAGGGCAUUACAGAUAGUCGGAAAAUAUAGGGGCCUUAAUCGAAGACUAAAUAUAAGAGGUUGUGUAUCAUUAUCUGGUAUGAUUGCCAUAGAACCGUUAGGGGUUCCAAGCUCAUAUACAUAUAAAUGUUUCUUUAUGCCCUUGUCAAGAAUUUUUUCUGAUUUCUUACCAACAUUAAGGAUUCUAUGCGAACUUCCGUAUAAAACGUUUCAAUAUGUUCGUGACAUAGGUCGAUAUGACAGAAUGCGUUGUAGAAGAGGUAUAACAUGCAGAUUUGCAUAUGAAAUUUUAAAAGCAAUGGAUAAUUUAGACUAUGAUAUGAGAUACAUGCCAAGAGAUAUCCCGAUAUUGUUUAUCCAUUCAGCGAGGGACAGAUUGUGCUAUCCUGAAGGCGUUGUUUCAUUUUAUAAUAGACUAAAUAUUGCUAAUAAAGAACUACACAUGUUAGAUUAUAUGGAGCAUAUGCUAACUAUGGAACCUGGAAAUGAAAGGGUCUUAAAUAAAAUUAUGAAUUGGCUUCAAAACGUGUCAGGGCCACGAAGAAUCUGUGCUUAA